GAGAGAGAGGAGAGAGAGAAGGGUUUAAGUGUUGUUGGUAAGUGGCAAACAAACCCAGUGAAAGAAAAAGCAAAGAAGGAGCAGUGGUAGCAGCUAAAGCAACAGCAAAAUAAAAAAGUAAAAAAGGAGAGAGAGAGAGAGAGAAGAAAAUGAUGUGAAAACAAGAAAUGGUGAUUUAUUCUUCUGUAUUGUUGUUGUGUCUGGUAUUUUGGGGGUUUCUCUAAUUCUAAGCCAAUAUUCCCCAUAAUUUUUUUGUAUUUCUAUCAUUCACAAUCUCCUUCACUAAUCAAAAAAACCUUUCCUUUUGAUGUAUCAUCUUUAUCUGUCAUCACUCAUAUCUGCAUCUGUCAUUGGUAUCUACAUAUAAAUAUAUAAUAUAUAUUACAAAAAACCACUAAGAAUUUCACUUUCAGUUUUGGCUUUCACCUCCAUGGCUCUUCAACAGACUUUUCUUUUCUCCUAACCUUAUGCUUUGUCUUCCUUAAUAUGGGUCUCUGAAAACUCCGUUUUUAGAGUAAAGGGUUAUUUGAUUUUUGGAGAAAAAAGUGGUCCAAAACAUCAUUCUUAUCUCAGAAUAGUAAACAAGUUUACAGGGUGGAUGUGGGUGAUGAGCUGCUUCAUUAUUAUGAUCUAUGAACUAGCUUCUUCUCUUUAAGACCAUCUGCUUCCAAAGAAAAAGUUCUCUACAGCCAGCUGAACGUAAGGGGCAUUCUUUACCAAAAGUGGGGGGAUGAUGGCGGUGACUUCGUCCUGCAAAGAUGGGACCAAGAUAGCAAUGGACAAUGGCAAGUAUGUAAGGUACACGCCGGAGCAAGUUGAAGCCUUGGAGAGGCUCUACCAUGAGUGUCCCAAACCCAGCUCCAUUCGCCGCCAGCAGCUCAUCAGGGAAUGCCCCAUCCUCUCCAACAUCGAGCCUAAGCAGAUCAAGGUUUGGUUUCAGAAUCGCAGAUGCAGAGAGAAGCAGCGGAAAGAGGCAUCGCGCUUGCAAGCUGUGAAUAGGAAACUAACAGCAAUGAACAAGCUUUUGAUGGAGGAGAAUGAUAGGUUGCAGAAGCAGGUGUCACAGUUGGUGUAUGAGAAUAGUUACUUCCGCCAACAGACACAAAAUACGACCCUUGCCACCACAGACACAAGUUGCGAAUCGGUGGUGACUGGUGGUCAACACCAUUUGACUCCUCAGCAUCCUCCAAGGGAUGCCAGCCCUGCAGGACUAAUGUCCAUUGCAGAGGAAACUUUAGCAGAGUUUCUUUCAAAGGCAACUGGAACUGCUGUGGAGUGGGUCCAAAUGCCUGGGAUGAAGCCUGGUCCGGAUUCCAUUGGAAUCGUUGCUAUUUCUCAUGGUUGCACUGGUGUGGCAGCAAGAGCAUGUGGCCUUGUGGGUUUAGAACCUACAAGAGUUGCUGAAAUCCUCAAAGAUCGGCCUUCAUGGUACCGUGAUUGCCGAGCGGUGGACGUUCUUAAUGUGCUGUCCACUGGAAAUGGUGGAACCAUUGAACUGCUUUACAUGCAGCUCUAUGCACCGACUACUUUAGCACCAGCUCGUGACUUCUGGUUGCUGCGCUACACUUCUGUUUUAGAAGAUGGAAGUCUUGUGGUCUGUGAAAGGUCACUUAACAACACUCAGAAUGGUCCAACUAUGCCACCAGUACAGAAUUUUGUGAGAGCAGAAAUGCUGCCAAGUGGUUAUCUUAUAAGAGCCUGUGAAGGUGGUGGAUCAAUCAUUCAUGUAGUUGAUCAUAUGGAAUUAGAGCCUUGGAGUGUACCUGAAGUGUUGCGCCCACUUUAUGAGUCAUCUACACUGCUUGCUCAGAAGACAACAAUGGCGGCUUUGCGCCAUUUGAGGCAGAUUUCUCAGGACGUUUCUCAGCCAAAUGCUACUGGUUGGGGGAGAAGGCCUGCAGCUCUACGUGCACUUAGUCAGAGAUUGAGCAAGGGUUUUAAUGAAGCAGUCAAUGGAUUUACUGAUGAAGGAUGGUCGAUGUUAGAAAGUGAUGGCAUUGAUGAUGUUACCCUUCUUGUGAACUCAUCUCCUAGCAAGAUGAUGGGUGUAAAUCUUUCUUAUCCAAAUGGAUUCCCAUCUGUGAGCAAUGCUGUGUUAUGUGCUAAAGCAUCAAUGUUAUUGCAGAAUGUUCCUCCUGCAAUACUUCUCAGAUUUCUGAGAGAACACCGAUCAGAGUGGGCGGACAGCAGUAUUGAUGCAUAUUCAGCUGCUGCCAUUAAAGCAGGUCCUUGCAGCUUACCAGUGUCUCGUGCUGGAAGUUUUGGGGGUCAGGUUAUUCUUCCAUUGGCUCACACGAUUGAGCAUGAAGAGUUCAUGGAGGUUAUUAAGCUCGAGAAUAUGGGCCAUUAUCGGGAUGAUAUGAUUAUGCCUGUUGACAUUUUCCUUCUGCAACUCUGUAGUGGAGUGGAUGAGAAUGCCAUAGGCACCUGUGCUGAGCUCGUCUUUGCUCCCAUUGAUGCCUCCUUUUCAGAUGAUGCACCUAUUCUACCUUCUGGUUUCCGCAUCAUUCCUCUAGAUUCUGGGAUGGAUACACCUAGUCCAAACCGUACACUUGAUCUUGCAUCGGCUCUUGAAGUUGGACCCACAGGAAACAGAGCUUCUGGUGAUAAUGCCAGUAAUAGUGGGAAUAGAAAAUCUGUGAUGACAAUAGCAUUCCAAUUUGCUUUCGAAAUGCACCUUCAGGAAAAUGUGGCAGCCAUGGCUCGACAGUAUGUCAGGAGUAUUAUUGCAUCCGUACAGAGAGUGGCACUGGCACUAUCCCCUUCCAAUUUUGGUUCUCAUGCUGGUUUUCGGCCACCACCUGGAUCUCCUGAAGCACAGACACUUGCUCGUUGGAUUUGUCAGAGCUAUAGGUGCUAUCUAGGAGCAGAACUUAUAAAAAGUGAAGGAAGUGAAUCUGUUCUUAAAUCCCUGUGGCAUCACUCAGAUGCAGUACUAUGCUGCUCCUUGAAGGCAUUGCCAGUUUUUACAUUUGCAAAUCAGGCAGGACUUGACAUGCUAGAGACGACCUUGGUUGCGCUUCAAGACAUUACUCUGGAAAAGAUUUUUGAUGACAAUGGAAGGAAGACCCUGUGCUCGGAGUUCCCACAGAUAAUGCAGCAGGGUUUUAUGUGUCUUCAAGGUGGUAUCUGCAUGUCAAGCAUGGGAAGGCCAGUUUCAUAUGAGAGAGCUGUGGCAUGGAAGGUGUUGAAUGAAGAAGAAAAUGCUCACUGUAUCUGCUUCAUGUUCAUUAACUGGUCGUUUGUAUGAAACCCCUUAGACAUAAUUUAGCUUUUCAGGGUGUAAAAAAAAAAAAAAAGAAGGAAAAAAAAAUUUCUUUAGGUUAGAACCAUCUCCAUUUUAUCCCUUUGUAUGGAUAAAUCUGUAACGUGCCCAAAAAACCAGUUUGAGUAAUGCAGGAUCUAUUGGCAUCUGGGUCCCCAUUUUUUUGUUA